CAAACACAGAAUGAUCCAACUGUUUUUCUAUGGAUAACUAGGAAGCUCCUGGCCCAAGAAUCAGGAACCGCCUCCGCCCCCAGAAAUUCUCUUCAGGCACAGGGUAUCAUCGUUUUCCUAGCUCAUGCUCGUCAGUUCCUCAAUUGGGUGUUGCCCUUUUAUCUCGACAAGUUCACUUAAAAGGUAAUUAUGGCUACAGCUCUGUCAUGGCAGCCCCAGCUGCCCACACGCAUACACAAGCAUUCACACCCAAGCUCCUUUAUUGAUGCUGGCACGGGACAUGCUUUCCAAUGCCGCAUCCGCAGGCCAAUCUCCUCCAUCCAUUCAGGCAAGGCACUUGCUUUCCGACGCGACUUUGAUAGGUUUGCAAAAGAUGCUUGGCGCACUGCCAAUGAUGGAUUUGAGCAGUUUCUUUUUGAGGCCAAGAAGACUGCUGAGCGUAUUGACCGUAGAUACUCAGUGUCACGACGCCUCAGCGCUGUAGCACAAUCUGCUUCUGAUCGUGCCCGUGAGAUUGACAGAGAGUAUGAUAUUAGUCUUCGAUGGCGCACUUUUUCCAUGGAUUUUAACAGAAAUUGGCCCAGGUACAGGAAGCAGAUUAAUGACUUUUUCAAUACCCCGAUAGGAAGGAGUUUUGUUACUAUUUUUUUCCUCUGGUUUGCAUUAUCUGGGUGGAUGUUUCGGCUCUUCAUAAUUGCUACAUGGGUUCUGCCGAUUGCUGGACCUCUUCUCAUUGGGACUUUGGCAAAUAAUCUUGUUAUCAAGGGAGCUUGUCCAGCUUGUAAAAGACAGUUCGUUGGUUACAAGAACCAAGUGAUUCGUUGUGGUGGCUGUGGUAACAUCGUGUGGCAGCCUAAGGGGGGCUUUCCAGGCAGAGGGCCUGGGGAUUUCUUUUCAGGAGGUGGUAGAGGGACCAGGAGUUCAAAGUCAGAUCCUGAGAUCAUUGAUGUUGAUUUUGAGGAAAAAUCAUGAGAUGCAAGCUUGUACAAGAACAACGUGUGCCUGAUGAUAUACAACAACAUAAAGAAGCUUCUUGAAGAAAAUACUGUUCAUUUGCUACGAUGUUUAUUACUUGUUGUAUGAUAAUCUUACACCCAGUUGAGACUUGAGUAGCUUAUUUACCCGUAGUACAUGUAAUUAUAACAAAUCCUUUUUUUUGAAGAUCAAAAUAACCUUUCGUGAUCAA